AUGGAGCGCAAGUUGAGUGCUACUCAACGAGAUCAGCUACUUAUACAAGAAUCAAAAGAGGAUUCCCAGUUUAAAAAGGAUAUGACGGAAGCUAUUAAGCAGUCUGAUCAGACAUUUGCCAAUGCAAUGCAGCAAAUGAGCCAAUCUAUUAUUCAGGUAGCUGAAGGCUUGACGCAAUCCAUGAAAGUAAUAAGUCAAGGUUUCAUGCAGCCUGUGAUGCAGUCAAACAAUCAACAACAAGCGUUUACACCUUAUCAGCACCCAUAUACUGGCCUAACUUCUAGUGCAGCUGUUUAUAAUAACUUUGGCACACAUCAGUUCAACUUUGAAGAUGGUACAUCACAGAUAUGUGGUAGUUCUGAAAAAAGUACUUAUCAUACUCUGUAA